UGAAGUCAUUCGGUACUGAUACCUGCAACAACAACAACAAACUAGGAAAAACAGUUGAGCUGAGAGAAAUCUAUACUUUUCAUUUUAUUGAAAAAAAGAUAGACAAUUACAAACUCUUAUUAAUAAGGAUAAAAAUGAAGACUGAGUAUAAAGCUGGAGAUUUGUCAAAGCUACUGGCUUCUACAAGCCCUAAAGCUGCCACACCUUCAUCCAAGCCCAGCCCAGGGAAAAAUGUGUUCUCAGAUAAGAAAAACAAGAAGGCUAGAGAGUCCAUUCUUGACAAGUCUUUUGCCAAGGGAGAGAUGAACACACCUAAGAAUAAAGUAAUGAGUCCAAAUGGAAACGUAAAGUUAGGAGAUGAUUCUGGUAGUAAAAAGGUGGGGGCAUUGGGGAGCAAUAAGAAGGGAAGUAAUAAAAAGAAAAGUAAAGUUACUACAGAAGAUUCUGUUAAUAAAAAUGUUGGACAGGCCAGAAAAAGCAUUGCUGGCAAUUUUUCUCCAUCAGUCAUGAAAGAGAAACAAGACAUUGUGAAGAAAAAUGUAGAGAAACAGGACAAUUCUGAAAGAAGCCCUGACAAACAAGGGAAGAAAAAGAAGAAGAAAAGACAUUCUUUUGGCUUUUAUAGGAGACUAGAAAGAAAGAAAGAAGAAAAACAGAAACGCUCAAAAGGAAAGAAAUCUGUUGAUGAAGAAACCAAAGCUGAAAAUGGAAGUAGUCCUAAUACACCUAAGAUGAAACAGGAUGACAUGGAAAAAGAUGCAGUAGAGACGCCGGUUUCAAAGAACAGAAAACGUAAAAAUGUAAGUUCUGCUGCAGGACCAGAACCAAAUAUAAAAAAAGUAAAAGUUCAGGACAAGUUGGACUCUGACAGUGACAGUGAUGACGACAGCGGUUCUAGUGACAGUACAAGCUCAGAUGAUGACAGUGAUGUUCACAGUGUAGAAGAUGAGGUUAAAACAAAGAUGGUAAAAAACACAGCUACUGCCAGUGAUGAGAGUUCUGGUAGUGAUGGAGAGAAGGAAAAAGAAGAUGAUGACAGUAAUGAUGAUGAUGACAGUGAUGAUGAUGAUGAUGACAGUGAUGAAGAGAGUGAAGAUGAUCUUAGUUAUAAACGCGAUACCAAUAUGAUGGAUGAGGAAAAAGCUCUUGACUCUGAUUCAAGUGAUGAUGAUGAUGAUGAAGCAGAAGACGAAGAAGAUGAUGAUUCCUCUGAGGCAUCAGAUAGAGAAAAUGUACAUAAAGGGGGCAACUCAGCUGGGUUUUGUCCACCAGAAGGAAUCGUCCAUGAGUCAUUGAAGAAAAAGGGAGAAAAAAGGAAACCAGCUUCAGACAGUUCAGAUGAAGAUAUGGUUCCCUCUAAGAAAAUGAAAUCAGAUGAUGCUGAAACUGACAAGGGAACCAGGCCAAGGAAAGAUAGAUUGGCUAAAGCCACAAAUGAUAGGACCAUAUUUGUUGGCAACUUGCCAAACAGUACUACGAAAAAGCAACUGGAAAGAUUGUUCAAAACAUUUGGUGAGAUCGAGUCUUCGAGAUUUAGAACAGUGCCGGUCAAGGACCCCAAAUUGCCAAAAAGAGCCGUUGCCAUCACGAGAGAUUUUCAUCCGCAGCGUAAUAACUUCAAUGCUUAUGUCUGUUUCGAGGAAGAUGAGUCGGCAAAGAAGGCAUUGUCAAUGAAUGGUACAGAGGUAGAUGGUUUGCAUAUCAGAGUAGAUAUGGUUGGAAGACAGACACAGAAAGAUCCAAAGAAGUCAAUUUUUGUGGGAAAUCUACCUCUAGAUAUAGAGGAAGAAGCUUUAAGGAAACAUUUUGAUGACUGUGGAGAGAUUGAAAAUGUUCGUGUUGUCAGAGAUAAGAAGAUAAGUCUUGGCAAAGGAUUUGGUUUUGUUACAUUUAAGGAAAGUGAUGGUGUUUCAUUUGCUCUGAAAUUAACAGAGAGUAAAUUAAAUGGUCGGAAACUGAGGAUAGAAAAAUGUGCAGAGGGUAAAAAAUCAAAAAAGAAGUCUGACAAGGCUGCUAAGAACAAACAACCAAGUAACACAACCAACCCAGAUGAAGAAGGGUCACCCAAGCCUAAAUCAGAUAAAUUGAAGAAGAAAAAGAAAAAGAAGAACAAGGUAACACCAAGCAAUGUUAGCAAGAAUCCAUUUCAGGAAGAGAAAGACCAGUCUGAAAUGAUGAAACAGAAAGCUAAGAGAGAAAAGGCAGAGAAAAAACUACAGGGCAGCAACGCCUUGAAAAAUGACAUUGAGAAAAUAAUGAAUGAAGGAAAAGCAGAAGCUGAGAAGAAUAAAGAAGGCAGUAAACAAACGCCAAAAUCUAAGAAAUUUGGUGAUAAGAGUUUCACUAAGCAAAAUGAAAGGGACUUUGGUGGUAAAAAUAAGGGAGAUAAUUUUGCACAGAAAUCAAAGAAAUUUGAUGAUAGUUUUAAUAAGGAAAAGUCAGGUGACUUUGGCAAAAAUAAAGUAGACAGUCAGACUCCUAAACAUAAGAAAUUUGGAGAGGAUAAUUCUAGUGGUACGAAGUCGCCGAAAAAAUUUGAGAAGAAAGGAGGUUUCCAGAAGGAAGGUUUUAACAAAAAUAAGAAAUUUGAUAAUAACAAAGAUUUCAAGAAAAGUCCAAACUCACCAAACAAAUCAUUUGGAACACAAGGUUCUAAGUUUGGAAAGGAUGGUAAUACUGGUUUCAAAAAAUUUGAAAAGAAACCAUUCCCUAAAGGUCAAAAUUCCCCAAAUAGGUCUUUCGAAAAGAAAGGCGGGAAUUUUGGAAAGAAUCCUGGAUUUAACAAGAAAAACUUUGACAGUCCCGUAAUUACUAGUUCUGGAGGAAAAGGAAAACAUGUAAAGUUUGAUUAAAGGAACUUUUGACGGGCUGACCUUAGCAAUGAUAUAGCAUAACUCUUUGAACAGGAUGUUUCUGUGAAUUCCAGUGUUUACUGAACAGGGUCAUAAUGCUUAUGAGCAUAAUAUCUCGGCCAGUUUAGAUAAAUAGCUGGAUCCUGUAAGUCACUUUGGAGUUAUGGCACUGUAAUUACAUGAAAUUUGGAAAAUAGAUUGUAUCUGCUCUCUAUCUUGAGAAGCUCAAUGCUCAGCAAACUGGGCCACAAUGUUUAUGGGCAUUAAAUCUUUGCCAAGUUCUUUAACCAGUCAGAUUGUCCCAGUUAGGGCCCUUGAAUUUCUUUAAAUUGCGAAACUUAAUAACUUACCCAGUGUUCACCAAACUUGGUCAGAAUGAUUAUGGGCAUAAUAUCUAGGCAUGUUCCAGAGUUCUUGCCCAUGAAUUAAUCAAAAUUGAGGAAAAUGGCAACCAGUUUGCUCAAUAUGUAUUUCAAAAUUCAGUAUUAUGGGCUUAUGUGGCGAGUUUGGCAUUCUUGUGUUUUUAUCAAAAUAACAUAUUUUUAGGUGUCUGUAAAGAACAAGUUCGGAAAUUUCUAUAGUUCCAUUGAAGUCAGUCAUAAACUGAAGGGAAAAAAAAUAUGAAGAUUAUUAUUUAACUGAACAGCACUUUAAUGUAAAAUUGUGGUAUUUCCAAAUUGCUGUUAUUUUGUAUAAUUACUAAGCUUUAGAUAUUAACAUUAUAAUGUUACAAUGCUCAGAGGUAUACAUCAGAUUGGAAAUGUGUGCAAGUCUGUGGGGAAAAACAGUUUUAAGAACUAAUUAAUUUGUCAUGUAGCUGUAGAUUGUAGAUUUGAUGAUAUGAAGUGUGGCUUUAAGGAUUGUGACAGAUUGCUGUACAUGUUUAUGGACAUAUCCUGGCUUCUUUAAAUUCUUAAAUUCUUAUGUCUUUCAGAGCACGAACAGUUGCAAAGUUAUGCCAGUCUCAAAUUUGCAAUAUUGAUAGUAUUUUCUGAAACAAUAGUUUCAUUUGUAAAAUUAUAUAUUUUGUGGAACAGUAGUAUCACAUUGAUAAAAGCACAGAGAAAACUUUUAAAGUAAAUGCCAUAGACAUAAAAUUGUAAUUAAUGGUUUACCCAUGUUUUCAGGAAAAAUAAGAAAAAAUCAAAUCAUGGAAAUAAAGGGUUGUUUUGCAUGAAAAUUGAACAGCAUAAUAUGAAACAUGUAUGUUGCUGUAUAAAAGAAUUGUCAAUUUACUGGUAUAUGUAUUGAAUUCAGGAAAAGUACUUCAUAAAGGGGCCACACUUUUGGACAGUUCAAAGCCUUUAAAAGGUCACCAUUUGAUGUUACAUACCUUUGUUUUAAUGCAUUUGCAGUAAUGUCCCAGUGCUGAAAAUUGUAUAAGAAAUAAUAUAUCCCAAAUAGUGAUUUAUCAUUGUUUAGAGUUUAGAUGCAAAAGAAUGAUACCACAAAGGUGCAGCCUGAGUGAUAUAAUACCGUAUAGCGGGUUAUUUCUGCGUGGGCAAUAUUUCUGCGUUUCUGCGGUCUCUCGGUAGAAUCGCAAAAAUAUUUCCAGCAGAAUAUUCAUCCAGCAAAAAUUUAAAACUCAAAAAAUCUGCAUUUUUUUAAUUUCACCAACGUUGUUUCACGCUAUGUUAUCCGAGGUAAUCCGAAGUUCACAAUUGCCUGGUCUAAUUAUUGAAAAUUACCGUCGCCAUCUAACAAUUACCGAUAGUGGUAUAAUCAUGAUAAUUAGGUGUGAUGGUCAGUCAAAGUCCUAACUGUUAAUCCUUCAGAAAACGUUUUUAACCUUUAUAUAAGUGUAACCGUUAUAUAAAUACCGUAUUUUGCAGUUGCUGUUUGUGCAAUGAUUUAUUGUUGUUGGACUUAUAUUUUUUCAUUUCACAAAUUAUUAUAUCCUACAAUGUAUUCAUUAAAUACAAAGAUACUUUACUGCAGUUAACAGUAAUUUAGCUUAUUGUUUUCAUACGCUAUCAUUCUCACAACGUCCGAUCAUGCGAGGAAUUACCUCCUCCUUGGCAUCGAAAACGCAGAAAUUUCUCUUCCAUUUUAAGUGAAAACGCAGAAAUAAAACACGCAGAAAUUUGUUUCACAUUUUUGGGGGCCAAAACGCAGAAUAUUUUGACCGCAGAAAUAACCCGCUAUACGGUAAUACGCAUCUGAACGACAGUGAUUUUAUUCAUGUGUGAAUCACUGUUUAAGACUUAUUAUUUAAAUUUUAACACGUUAUCAAGGAUUAUUAUGUAUGUCCUUGACGAUAUCCAUCAAAUAUUUACCUGAUUUCUGUUGAUUUCUUUUCCAGCGUGCUGCUAUGCCGUCUAACGCUAUGACUUAAUAAUUGUGACGUCGGAAAAAUGAAUUGUUGAAUAAUAAAGCACAGUGUUCAGCCUCCUUUGUUUAUUAGGAAAACAAAUCGGGUCAUGUUAGAAUUAUAUUUAUUUCUUUUCAAAUGGCAUUCAUUUUUAAUUGGGAACAGUUUUUUGAGACUAUUUUAAGUAUCCAGUCUUAAAGAGACAUUAUGGUAGAACAUGUUAUGGACAGGUAGAUAGUUGGUAAAGAUGUUGUUUGUUUUGAUGAAGAUACACUCCUAAAACGUAAGUUUUUUUAGAUAUAUUAAGACAUUGUUGACAGGAGAUUUUUCAAUCAGCUUAUCAGAGGCAGGUUUUUUUCUUUAUCUUUAUGUCAGUAAUCUCAUCAAUUGGAGAUAUUGCAUCAGUCAAGUGCUAUGCAGUGAAAAACAUGCAGCAAGAAUUUAAAUUUUUACUACCUGAUUAGCUAUUGCUUUGUUCAAGACCUCAUUUGUUAAUGGAUAUGGUAUUACAAGUUGAUGAAUAAAUUCCACAAAAUA